ACAUCAAAGACUUAUAUAAGAGUAGCGAAAACUUUGAAAAUGAUUUGUUGUUCGCGUAUUUUGAUAUUCGGUGUGACAGUCGCGGUAGCAUUUGCUUGGGUCCAAGAAAACGACUUCGUAAAAAACCGUGGAGUUCGAGUCCAGGUCGGAUCCAUGCUUGCUGAAGUUGCAAAAGAGUUAAUUCAGCGAUCGGCAACAAAUAGCCAGGUACUGAGUUUGAACUUAUCAAAUUUGCUGAUACUUUUGGUACUCAAGGCGGUCGUUUUCGGGGCUGGAUACAUGGGGCACCAUGGAUACAAAACGCGCGAGUUGGACAAUGAACCAAUAGUUUCCGAGAGUGAGGUAGCCCUGGCCUUGGGCUACCUCGUCGGUGACAAAUGUCUUUACAGAGCAGCCUGUGAAGUCCCUCACAAAGCCAAAGAAUACCUCGGAGCCGCCGAAAUGCUUCUGCAAACCUUCAAGCUCAUGCCACAAUCUGUUCCCGUGGAGCUCGACAAGUACGAAAACACUAUUCUAGAGCUAAGGAAAGCUGUGGAAUAUGGAUCGGCCGGGAAGUGUCCGCCGCAGUAUACUUGCAAGAAGGAAAAUAUUGACAAGUUUUUGAAAGACGCGUGAGAUCGUAGGAAAUCACAAUAAUAUCGCAAAUCUAUUUCAUACUUUGUCAUUAAUGCUGUAAUCUAUUUUAUA